AUGGUAAAAGUACUCGAAGACAGAUACAAGCUACGGAUUUACGCAGGAUAUGAACCAGAGUUUCGCAUCUUUCGGAAGGAAGGAUUUGAAGAAUCGACCAGAAACAAACCCGGGUCACAAGCAGAUACUAUCAUACCACCUACUCCGUGGACCAGCGGAAGUGAUAUGCUCAGAUAUGGUCAUUUGUCUGCAUACGAAUUUUUCGUAAUGGACUUGGACCAAUACCUACAAGCCGCAGGGAUUGAUAUUAUAGAAUAUCUCAAUGAAAACGGAAGCGGAGAGAUUGAAACCCCAUUGGUGCCGAAAUUCGGUAUCGCCGCUGCCGACACUUAUUUCAUAUUCAAGCAUGCGGUGCGCGAGAUCGCGAAGAAACACGACAUGCGUGUUUCGUUCAUGACAAAGCCUUUAGUUGGUGAACUAUCAACCGGAUGUCACUUCAAUCAUUCGUUGUGGGAUAUUGAAAGAGGGAAGAAUGUUUUAUUCGAUUCAUCAGCUUCGGAUAACCUGUCGAAUCUCGCCCACAAUUGGCUUGGUGGCCUAUUUGAACACAUGCCUGCCUUGACCGCCCUAUGUUCACCAACCGUGAACUGCUAUCGAAGACUGCACGCUGGAUGGGCCCCAGGACACAUGGAUUGGGAGCUGGAUAAUCGAUUUGUAACCGUGCGUCUGAAGAAUGUGGGUGAAGAUGGUACCUAUCUGGAAAACCGCCUUAGCUCCUCGGCGUCCUGUCCUUAUCAUGUGAUGGCCGCAACGCUGGCUGCGGGUAUGGAUGGGAUCGAGCGUCGACUGGAACCUCCGUCUCGUGGAGCGUAUAAUCCAGCUAAAGGUGCGCCCAUAAUGAAGGAACUCCCAAAAACACUGAAGGAAGCUAUCGAUGCGUUAAAAAAGGACACAAUUCUAGUAGAUCGCUUGGGGAACCAAUUUGUUGACUGGUUUAUUCGGGCGAAGGAAUUUGGUGACCUCAAAACACUGGGCCAAAUUGACAUCAAGGAAGAAUCCGAGGAGUUUCUAGCGCAGGAACGUUAUGAAUACUUGGAAUUUAUAUGA